AUGGAACUGCCGGCCGUGGGAGAGCACGUCUUCGCCGUGGAGAGCAUAGAAAAGAAGCGGAUCAGAAAGGGCCGAGUGGAAUAUUUGGUGAAAUGGAGGGGUUGGUCGCCCAAAUAUAACACGUGGGAGCCGGAGGAGAAUAUACUGGACCCCAGGUUGUUGAUCGCUUUCCAGAACAGGGAACGACAGGAGCAGUUGAUGGGAUACCGCAAGAGGGGCCCGAAGCCCAAGCCGCUUGUGGUCCAGGUGCCCACCUUCGCCCGCCGCUCCAACGUCCUGACGGGCCUCCAGGACUCGUCGGCCGACAACCGGUCGAAGCCGGACCCGUCGGGGAAGGGUCAGGCCCACCAGUACGAGCUCAACAGCAAGAAGCACCACCAGUACCAGCCGCACGGCAAGGAGCAGGCGUCCAAGCCCCCUCCCCACGGCAAGAGCGGCAAGUACUACUACCAGCUCAACAGCAAGAAGCAUCACCACUACCAGCCGGACCCCAAGAUGUACGACCUGCAGUACCAGGCGGGCCACAAGGAGGCGCCCCCGGGCGCGGCCUGCCCGGACCUGGGCGCCAAAAGCCACGUGCCGGAGAAAUGGGCCCACAAGGCCUACUUGGGCGCCGCCAAGCCCCCCGACAAGAGCCCCCCCAACGGCCUGGCCCCCUCCUCCAAGGAGGCCGCCGCCGCUGCUGCCGGGAACGGCAGCGGGAUCGGCGGCAAGAUGAAGAUCGUCAAGAACAAGAACAAGAACGGGCGCAUCGUCAUCGUCAUGAGCAAGUACAUGGAGAACGGCAUGCAGGCCGUGAAGAUCAAAUCCGGGGACGGGGCGACGCCGGGCCCCCCCCCGGGGACCCCCAAGAAGAGGCCCGGGGACGAGAGGACCGCGAGGAAGGGCGAGGGGAAGCCGGAGCCGGCCCCCAAGAGGAGGGAGGACCCCCAGGAGGAGGGGGCGGCGGGGGCGGAUAGGCCCGACUUGCCGCCCCCUCCCCAGCCCCCGGGGGGGGGCCCGGGCCGCAAGCGGUGCCUGUCCGAGCCCCAGGGCGAGCGGCAGCCCUGCAAGAAGCGGCUGACGGCCCGCAGCGUCAGCUCCCCCACCGGGCUGGGGGGGCCCAAGGCCGAGAGACCCCCGGACCCGCCCCCCGACGUCAUCCUGCUGGACUCCGACCUCGACGAGCCCAUUGACUUGCGCUGCGUCAAGCCCCGCGGCCACCAGGGGGCGCCGCCGGCGGCCCCGCCCGCUCCCUCCCCCCCCCCUCCUCCUCCGCCGCCCCCCCCACCGCCGCCGCCGAAGCCCGCGGCGCAGGCGCAGGCGCAGUCGGCGGCCGAGCGGGCGCCGCCCGAGCCCGACGAGCCGCCGGCCGAGUUCAAGCCCUUCUUCGGGAACAUCAUCAUCACUGACGUCACAGCGAACUGCCUCACCGUCACUUUCAAGGAGUACGUCACGGCGUAGCGCCACGCCCUGCGGGACGGGGGGGUCGCCGCCAGGGGGCGCGGCGGGACGGGGAGGCGCC